AAUUCCAUAUAUUUAAAACAUAUAUUUGGAGUUCAAAUAAGAAAUAUAAGAGAAUACCUAUUGAUGUAGUUUCUGUUUCUGCGAUUAACCAACCCGCAUAAUUCUUCUGUCGGCGACUAGUAUCCUCCUGAAACGCCGGCGAAGGAGCUCAGUGAGUAGCUCAACUGGAGUGUGAUUAACACCACUCUGUAUUGUGAAUAUUCUGGAUGGAUGAAGAGUUACAAAUGGUACCAAUCCACCUUCAUUGGUGAAAUCAACCCUAAUUCAAAACAAUCUGGUUAUUCGGAACUACAUCAAAUAUAUGGCAACACAUCGGUUUGAGUCUCACUGUUUUGAGACAUUGUCCAGCUUUCAAACAGUAUGGCAUCCAUUGACGCAGGAAAACGAUACCCGUCGAAUGCGGAACAUCCAAACACGUCAUCUAUAUUUCUUGAGUAAAAUUCUUCAAGACAGUUUACUGACCCACAGGUUCACCCAAGCUAUUGCAACCAUGAUAGGUCUAAGUGGAAAAUGUGAAAAAGUUAUCGAAUUAUUUUGUUUGGCUGGUUUGGAGAUCUUGAAAAGCCUCCCACACUGUCAUAUGCUGGUUCUGAAAUUCUACAAAGAUAUGUUCUUAGCUUGCGCAGAUCACCAACCAGAGAUUGUGUUAAAUUUUGCUCUGUAUCUUGUCCUGAGACAGCGAGAUGUGGUUGAAGGUUUGGAGCUACUAAAAUCAAAGUCAAGCAAACAGAAAUUUAACCAAAGCCUCAUGCACAAAGCUUAUAUUGGAUUGUUUGAGUACUUACUUCACCAACCAAAGAAAACGGAGUCUACACAACCACAAGGGAUGGAAACGUAUUUUUCUGAAGAUGAACAAGAUUUCAUGUUUCCACAAACUCUUGUGACAAAAACGAAACUGGAUUUCUCUUUGAAAAGAUCCUUGGUACUUUUUGAAGAAGUGUUUUCUAAACCAGGAAUCUGGGAUCAAUUUGUGCCAAUUUAUGUUGAGUUACUCGAGAUGAACGGAGAGAGAAAUGCAGUUCGAAAGUUUUUGGAGCAGUAUAAAAAUACGAAUCCAUUGAAUCCAAAUGCGCUCAGGUAUCUCUACCAUUUUCUUCAAUCAAACUCCGCUGACGACGAGGAAAAGAUCAAAGUUUUAGAAGAUUUGAUGAAACUUGAUCCAACCAGCGAGUAUCUGGAAGAUCUUUUCUCGCUCAAAGCCAAAUCUGGAAACGAAGCGAGUGUCAUACGAUUGAUAUUUGAAAAACUCGAUCAUUCGGGAUGUUUUUUUGAUGAAAAAGCCUGGGCACACCUUCACUCGGUCAUCGGAAGCAGUCUUGAGACGGAGUCAGCUGCGAAACACGAACUGCAGUUGUGUUGGGAAGAAAGGAAAUCCUGGUGGCCAAGAUAUCAUUUUAGACUGACGAGAAAUUUCAAAUUCACCGACGAAUUAAGAGAAGUCAUGUUGUACAAGAAGAGAGUUGCAGAAUAUUUCUUGGGAGAGAAUGCUUUUAGCAAAGAAAUCUGUGGUAAAUAUGAAGUACGUAACGACGGUGGAAAAGAUGAAGAAACAAUUGAGAAACGGUCUUCUUUAAAAAGACGAGCAGACAUAAGUACAAGUUAUAGUAAUCUAGAGAAUAUGAAGACGAAAAGAUUAAAACAAUCAUGAUUUUUUCCGUUGUAAUUUUUCUUCUUAUAUCAAGUGUAAACUAUAUCCAGCUGAUAUCAUAUUGACCAAUAUUAU